GCAGUACCAUCCUCGAUCGCCACGCCACAGCACCAACGGCAAACCCCCUGAAACACGGCUCCAGAUCCGGCGGCCGGAGGCGACCUCCUCGCAACCAACGGCGCUGAUCCCCUCCUCCGCCAUCUCCGUCCAUCUCGGCAUCUCCCAUCACCAUCGAUCACCACCACCAAGAGCGGCCAGGUUCUCGGCAUGUCGGAAGCGGAGGCCGCCUGCGGCGGCGGCGGCGGGGGGAAGGAGCAGGACCGCUUCCUGCCGAUCGCCAACAUCGGGCGCAUCAUGCGCCGGGCGGUGCCGGAGAACGGCAAGAUCGCCAAGGACUCCAAGGAGUCCAUCCAGGAGUGCGUCUCCGAGUUCAUCAGCUUCAUCACUAGCGAAGCGAGUGACAAGUGCAUGAAGGAGAGGCGAAAGACCAUCAACGGCGACGACAUCAUAUGGUCCUUGGGCACGCUCGGCUUCGAGGAAUACGUUGAGCCCCUCAAGAUCUACCUCAAGAAUUACCGGGAGAUAGAGGGUGAUACAAAAGGUUCGAAAUCUUCUGAUCAGAAUGGAAAGAAACAGAUUUUACUCAAUGGUGAACCUGCAUCAUCGUUUGAUGGCAUGUAGGAUGGACGGUGGUGGUGGAAAUGAUUGGCCCUGAAACUUCAUUUUGUCAAGCAGAGCGUAUGCCAUAAUUGCUUCAUGGCACCUAGGAUUGAGAGAAAUGUUAUGGUUAAUGGGACUCACCAUCAGUGCCCCUCUGCAACGAGCGCUUCUAAAAACAUGUUACUUAUGGAUGUUAGCUCUCAUGAAGUUAUUAUCUUCUAUUAUUGGGGCAUACAAACUUCCCUUCUUAGGUCAUAGACUUAUAGUUCGAUUGUAGAGUGCUGUAAGAAUCUGUCCAACCAUGGCAGUUGGCGCUAUGUUGCAUGAAUGAAAUCGCCAAAUCGGCGGUACUUUACAGAUAUCCUGUUUCUACAGUGAAGGACUGUACGCAGUUGAAGUCUGUUGUCGACUCUGAGAAGGUGCAAGUAUUAGUUGAGAGUCGUGCAACCCAAAAUCCUGCCAUGCAAUAGAUCCACAAAGAAAAAAAGAGAGAAGGUAAUAGAGACUUCCAUGACUGCAACCCCAUAGUCAUGCAUUCUUGUGUAA